UGUCAAUUUGCACUUUCCAACAAAAUGGCGAACGUCGAGAAGGACAUCUUGCGCGACGGCCCGCUUCGGUACCUUGGGUACGCCAACGAGCUUGGCGAGUCGUUCCGGCCCGUCUUCCCAGCUCUUGUUGCACCGUCUUAUGCCGUGGCCUUUGCCUACGUCGCAGCCGACACGUACGACAAGGCGUCCAAGGCCGGGGCCAGUGCACCACCCCCGGCCAAGUCGGCGCACAUGGCCGCAGCCGCCGGCGACACGCUCCUGUGGCAGACCAUGGCGAGCGUCGUGAUUCCUGGUUUCACGAUCAACCGCGUCGUCGCGCUCUCCAAGGCCGCGGUGACGUCGUCUGUGAAGAACCCGGCUCUCGUGCGCUGGCUUCCGACGUGCAUCGGCCUCGGUGCGAUCCCGCUCAUCAUCCACCCCAUCGACGCGCUCGUCGACUUUGGUAUGGACAACUCGACCCGCGUGUGGUCGGCGAAAUAUCUAGAGGGCAAAAGCAACUAACUAAAUCAAGCCGUCCAUCGCACGACGAUGCCAAG